GUGACAGGACAUUUCGACGGGUUAGGUUUUAACCCAUUGCCAAUUACCGAUUGCUUUUUAUGAGGCUCCAGAUCCUUGUGUUGUCUGCAUAGAUCAGUGGCACUGCGCUCAUUCUAUAAGACAGGUCGUAGAAGUGGACUAGGUAAGUAUGAAUCGAAGCAUCUGGUGUGAUAGUUGCGAAAAAUGAAGGAAUGCACUCAUGUUUUCUCGCUAUUAAACCGUUCUCUGUAUCUUUAAAUGGACAUAUCAAGAAGCGCCUAGAAUGAUUUUUCUAUACAGAUAACUUGAGGGAAGUUUUAUUGAUAGUUACAAAAUUUACUGCAUCUAUUGUUUUGUCGCUGCAACAGCUAUUUGCAACGGAUUUAGUGUCUCAUUUUAAUUUCCCGCUUCAUCCGAUCUCAGCACCUUGUUUUCGUCAAUAUGAUGGGUCGGGGUGGUAAUUUGAUUUGGUUUUUGGUUCUAACCGUCGCUAUUCUGAUCGCAUCUUAUAUAAAACCGUUUGACCACAGUAAGUAAAUCGGUGUCAUGAUGCGAACAAUUCUUCGAACCGUUUUCUUGCAAAGUUUUCUAACUGUAACUAGCCGUUCUCGUGUUGCAGCUUCUGGUUUAUGUGUCAAAAAUAGCAGCGUUGUCUGUAAACGCUUUUCUAGAUGGUUCACGUCGGAAAAAUUGGUGAACAUAGAUGUGAAAAGGCUGAAGGAGAUGAUGAAAUCAAACGACCUUAAAUUGAUAGAUGUCCGAGAACCAGACGAGUUGGAGGAAGCCGGGAAGAUCCCUUUUGCUGUUAAUAUUCCACUCGGUGAAGUCGAGGAUGCCUUCAAACUGGAUGAGAAAAGCUUCAUAGAGAAGUACAAGAUCCACAAACCGAAUGUGGCGGACAAAAAUGUAGUUUUCAGUUGUAGAAGUGGUGUCAGAAGUAUGCGUGCUCUCAAAAUCGUUCAGGAUUUGGGUUAUGAGAAUCCUCUCAAUCUUGUUGGCGGAUACAAUGCAUGGUCCAAAGAAAAUGCAGAAGAAUAGGAUGUUAUUUGCUACAGUACUUCUGUUUACCAAAUACCAAAUAUGUAACAAUGUACAACAAGAAGAUCGUAAUGUAUAUUUAUUUACAGUCAAAACAGCUUGGAGUAUCUUCAGGACGUUUUUCAGUUUGCAACGUACCAUCCUAUUGUUUUUGUGGAUAUUUUGUUCUUAGUUUCUCACAAACGAAUUGUUUUUUCGUAUAGUUUUGUAUGUUGUUAGAAGUUGCUCUAAGAUAACAACAUUUGACUUAGCUUUUGCACUGGGAUGUGUCGUUAUUUUUACAAAAUUUCCUCAGAAACAAUUGUAAAUUUGCAUCCAAAGAUUGGUUUUGUUUCACUCAAUCUUUGAAUAAAUUUUAAAAGUUUUCAAGCUAACAGUCAAUUAAUGCUUCUAAAUAUGUAGGUUUUACGGAUUUUGUCAUUUACAACGGACGAAUUUCAGUGUCGCGAUUAAGUUAUUCCGCAAUUUUCCGUUCUAACUUCUACGUAUUCGUGUUCUUGGCUCUGAUUAUUGUUGUGUUCUAUCUACAUACGCAGAACUUUGUGAUAAGAUCAUUAGUUAAACUCAGUACAAGCACAAAAUUGACCCUGAUUUUCAUUCUAUAAAUCUUGUCUGUAGAAUGUUUCAAAGUCAUUCCGAAUGGGCCUUGGAAAUAUGUUUGCACUUAUCAAAAGAUGCAUUAAGAACUUCUCAGGAAUUCGUGUUUCCAUUUAAAUAUCCCUCAGAUAUGAAAGUUAUUGAUUCUGAAAACUCAUUUUAAAUAAUUUAUCUAUUGCUUAUUUAAUUUUCUCUCGUAUAAGUCUAUAUGCAUAGGUUUUGUUUUUGUUCAGUUAAGCAUUACUAGUUAGGAUUAUGUAGGAGCUCAAAUCGACAAAAAUUCAACAGAAAUCACCAUUAAAGUGGUAUCGACUACUUAUCAUUGCAGCUAACUAACAGUGGUCUUGAUCCUCAUGUAAUUAAGACAAAGGAUUGUCUGUAAUUUAGAGUUAUACAGUUUCUACCCACUUAAAUAGAGUGAGCUCAGAAAGUGAGUGCGGAAGGAUUAAAAACUUUUGAGGCUUGGUCGAGUGUAGAUAACCUUGGUCAUAAUUAUUUUUCAGGCCUAUGAAUAGGAACGUACUUGACAGUAUUUCAUUAUAGCUAUUUUAUUUACUUGAAGUGGGCAUACAUAUACUCCGGUUACGAUAUUGCUUAAAGUUUUUGAAGUUAAAUGAUGUUCCAAACUCGAAGCUCCUUAGUUAAGUAUGCUGAUCACAGCCAAUGCUGACGAACAAAAGUUGCUUAGUUUUGAUAUAGGAAUACUGGAAGUAAAUGAACCUCACCUCCUCCAACUUCAUUCUGUCCAGACGCUUGCAUUUCAACCUAAAUGGUGCAUUUACGUGUUUUUUUUUUCAGGUGUACUGUGCCGUUUCAGAACACGCUUGUGCGAGUACCCAGGUCAGUACUAGUGAAUAAAUAAGUUGAGUGUUUGAACUAAAUUAUAUAGUUAACUAAACUGGACCUGGUAACCGGUGAAGUCUCGGUAUAUGUGUAGUAGGCCCCCCCCCGACCGGUGCUGCUACCAUAACCUGCAGGUUCGGCCUGCCCGUUGUAGUUAAC